CGUUCAUUCAAUUUUACUUUGGAACAGGCCAUCCAAACUAACUUCAAUACUCAUGUCCACCUACUCUCCAAAUCUUUUUGCUGUCCUUAGCGAAGGCGGUGAAGUCCGUCCUGAACCCGUCGCUGCUCCCAAAGAAGAGAAGAAGGUUGAGCAACCCAAGGCCGAAAACAAGCGUACUCCUAAGGGUGGUGCCGCUCGUGGUGGUGACCGUCCCAAGCGUGAAGGACGUGCUCCUCGUCGUCAAUUCGAUCGUCAAAGCGGUACCGGAAUUGUUGAUACUGAGAAGAAGGUCAAGCAAGCCUGGGGUCACCCUGAGACCGCUGAAGCUGAAGCUUCCAAGGACACUCUUAACCCUGCUGAUCCCGAUGCUCCCGAGAAGGAAGUUGCUGCUCCCGUUGAGGAAGAAGAGCAAGUUAAGACCCUUGAUGAAUACUUGGCUGAAAAGGCCAACAAGUCUUUGAAGGUCUCUCUCCCUGAAGCUCGUAAGGCUAAUGAUGCCGAUGACUCAGCUUUCAAGGGUGCUGUUACCUUUACCAAGGAAAACUUCGAGGAAUUCUACACCUCCAAGGAAACCAAGGCCCCCAAGAAGGCCACUGACAAGGUCAAGAAGGAAAAGGUUUUUGUUGACAUUGAACAACGUUUCGAAGAGAAGUCUGCUCCUCGUGAAAAUGUUCGUGGUGGUCGCGGUGGUCGUGGUGGUGCUCGUGGUGGUCGUGGUGCCCGCGGUGGUGCUCGUGGUGCCCGUGGUGGUAACAACGCCCGUAAGGAAUCCAAGGCUCCCGCCGUCAACAUUGCUGAUGUCGCUGCUUUCCCUUCUCUCGGUGCUUAAAUGCGCCCCUUUUCCCCUUUCCCUGUCCCUUUAAUAUGAAUUG